AUGAGCAAAUAUUCCACACCAGCCUGGGCCUCCAUAUCUCCCAUCCCGCUCGAUGAUGGUUCAACUUACUAUGACAAUGACGGCCCAGGGCAGCAACGAGAAAGCACGAGUAGAAAUGGGACGUACCCGCUCGCCACAAUCGCCUACGCGCCCGAGUACGAAGAGGCAACCUCGUACCUGCGGGCUGUUAUGGCGGAAAAUGAAAUGUCAGAGCGCGCGCUGGAGCUGACGGGGGAUGUGAUCUUGAUGAAUCCGGCGCAUUAUACGGCAUUGAAGAAGGAUCUCAACGAGGAGCUUGCAUGGGUUAAUAAACUCGCAUUGCAGUAUUUGAAGAAUUAUCAAAUAUGGCACCACCGCCAACUCAUCAUGUCCAACUCCCAAUCAUUCCCAACCCUCCCAGCCAACGAACAGCAAUUCCUCAUGCAGAUGCUCGCGCUCGACUCCAAAAACUACCACGUCUGGACCUACCGCCACUGGCUGGUCCGCCACUUCAAGCUCUGGGACCACCCGCAGGAACUGGCCGACGUCGAAGCACUCAUCGACCAAGACGUCCGCAACAACUCCGCCUGGAACCACCGGUGGACGCUGAAAUUCGGCCCGCGCGGCGCCGUCGAUAGUGGCAUGCCGCUCGGCGUCGACGACGACGACGACGACGACGACGAUGACGACGAACGGCGCAGCUGCCACAACAAGGGCAGCCUCGUCGUCGUGGACGAAGAGCUCAUCGAUGCGGAGCUUGCGUAUGCGAAGACCAAGAUCCUCCUCGCGCCCGAGAACAGGAGUCCCUGGGCCUACGCGCGGGGUGUGCUGCGGGCUGCGGGGAGACCGUUAGCGGAGCUUAAGGGGUUUGCGGCCAAGUUUGUUUUGGAGGAGCAGGUGGCGGAGGUGGUGGAGGGCGAUGGGGCUGGGGCUGGGGCUGUGUGGCGGGUUAAGAGCAGUUUGGCUCUGGAGUGGUUGGCGGAUGUAUAUACCCAGGAGGCGGAGGAGGAGGAGGAGGGGGAGGAGGAGGGGGAGGAAAGGGACGCGGAGGAAGAGAAGAAGGAGAAGAAGAAGAAGGCCGAGGCGGCUAGGAUGCUUACGCUGCUGAAGGAUAAGUAUGACCCGAUCCGCAGUAAUUACUGGGCGUAUCGCCUUCGGAUGCUUGAUGGGGAGUCCGUUGCGGUGGCCUAA